AUGAUAGAGAAACUGGCACUUGCAUUGGUGCAUGCAUCUAGACGUCUCCGAAGGUAUUUUCAAGCUUUCAAUAUAGAAGUGCAGACCGACCUUCAGAUUCAGCAAAUUCUCAGAAAGCCAGAAGUUUCCGGACGUCUUACCAAAUGGGCGAUCAAGCUCAGCGCUUUCGAUACUACCUACCGAACUAGAGGUCCGGUAAAAGGCCAGGCUGUGGCAGAUUUUCUUACGGAGGUACCAACCGGAGAAAGCACCAAAGAAAAAUCCACCCUUCCGAAGGUAUGGAACUUAUAUACAGACGGAGCCUCCAGUAAAGAAGGGUCGGGAGUCGGUCUAAUUUUGAUAGAUCCGGAUGGAAAAGAAUAUACUUAUGCCUUGCGUUUCGAAUUUAAAACUUCAAACAACGAAGCAGAGUACCAGGCCCUUCUCGCAGGACUCCAAACCGCAGGUAAGGCUGGUGCAACCUCCGUACUGGCCCAUGUUGAUUCAUUGCUAGUCGCCAAUCAGGUCAGCGGAGAGUACGAAGCACGAGAAGCUAACAUGAUCCAGUACCUAAAGCAAGUUAACAAUUUAAUCUCCUCAUUUGACUCUUGCAAAAUAGUUCACAUACCACGGAGCAAAAACAAAAAGGCGGACGCUCUGAGCAAGCUUGCGUCCGUAGCAUUCUGCCACUUGUCCAAGGAAGUGCUAGUCGAAACUUUGCAAGCACCGGCCAUCCACCAGACGGAGUCCGUAAUGUCAAUCUCCGUACAGGAAAAAUCAUGGAUGACUCCAAUCUUAGACUACCUGAGAGACGGCACGCUUCCGGAGGAAAAAGGCCAAGCUCGGAAGCUGAAGGUAAAGGCACUACAGUAUCAGGUCCAUGGUGGAAAACUUUAUCGAAAGACCUUUUUAGGUCCGCUCCUUAAAUGCCUAACUCCGGAAGAGGCCAGUUACGUCAUAAGGGAAAUCCACUGGGGGAUAUGCGACAUCCACUCCGGACCAAGAAUGGUCGUGGCUAAGGCAAUGAACGCGGGAUAUUUCUGGCCAGGCAUGCAUCAGAGCGCUGUUAGCGAGUUACAAGCAUGUGAAUAUUGUCAACGGCAUGCUCCCAUCAGCCACCGAGCUAAAAACAACCUCAUCCCCGUAACUUCGGCAUGGCCGUUUCAGAAGUGGGGGAUUGACAUCGUCGGUCCUUUCCCUGUUUCCACCGGAGGAGUGAGGUUCUUGUUGGUAGCCAUCGAUUACUUUACAAAGUGGAUUGAGGCCAAGCCCUCCGAACUAUCACCGGGGAUCAAGUACUGA